ACAGGACAACUAGCAGGUAUAAGAGGUGCCUGGUCGACUGCGCUGCAGUAAAAACGGCUACAAUUCCCUGUUCACUCCUUUUGUCAGUUUUGAAUUGAAAACAAAUUUCAGCAAUGACUCUCUCUCCGACGAUACCGCACUUGCGCAAAGCGGGCACAACGCAGCAGCUCGUGGUCAAUGACCGGCCGUUCCUUGCCCUCGCAGCUGAGCUGCAAAACUCCUCGAUGACUUCGGCGGAGUAUAUGGAGCCUGUCUGGCAGAAGUUGGUUGAUACCAACAUCAAUACCGUCUUGGGGUGUGUUACUUGGGAGGACAUUGAGCCCGUUGAGGAUCAAUUCAACUUUGCUGAAUUGGAUAAGGUUAUUCUGGGGGCGAGAAAACAUGGACUACACCUUGUACUGCUGUGGUUUGGCUCCUUCAAGAAUGGUAUAUCCACCUACGUCCCAUCGUGGAUCAAGACAAACACGCGACGAUUCCCUCGUGCCAAGCUGCGCAAGGCUGGCGGUGUCCUCCAGACCGGCGACGUGCUAUCUAUUUUCCACGAAGAAGGAUGUCAGGCUGACGUGAAGGCUUUCUCUCGUCUCUUACAACAUGUCAAGGAGGUCGACGGCGAGCACUCGACCGUGGUCAUGGUGCAAGUCGAGAAUGAGACUGGGCUACUGGGUGACUCGCGAGAUGGCUCUGCUGCAGCAGAGAAGCGAUUCAACGAAGCUGUCCCCGAGAAUCUGGUACAAUUCUUGUCACAGGAUUGGGAAAACCUCCACGCGGAUAUCAAGGUCAAUUUGAAGCACUUCAAAGCUCAGACUAGUCCCUGUGGAACAUGGGAGCAAGUCUUCGGCAAGGGUCCACACACAGAUGAACUGUUCAUGGCAUACCACUACGCCAAAUAUCUCAACAAAGUUGCGACUGCAGGAAAACAAGAAUAUCCACUCCCCCUAUACACCAAUGUCUGGCAAAACUCCGCGGGCGACGACAGCGACAAUGGAUUCCCCGUCGUUGCUGGCGGAGGCGGCUACCCGGGCGACUACCCGUCGGGAGGUGGCACAAGCACCGUCCUCGACGUAUGGCAGAAGUUUGCUCCCUCGCUGGAUUUCAUCUCGCCCGAUAUCUAUCUGAAUGACUAUACAAGUACCUGUCGAAAAUACCGCCACCGCAACCAGCCGCUUUUCAUCCCCGAGCAGCGGCGUGAUGAGUACGGCGUGCGGCGCAUUUGGACUGCCUAUGGCUCGUUCCAGGCCAUCGGGGUAUCACCCUUUGGCAUUGAUACCCUGGAGCCAGCGACAAACCCAUUCACCAAGCACUACGGUCUGCUCAAAUCUGUCUCCCAGAUUAUCCUUGAUGCCCAGACGCGGCCCGACAGCUCGAUCGGAUUCUACUUCGACGAGCUCGCCGCCGACGGCACCGAUCCGUCUAAGCCGGUCAUCAAGCACUGGGCCGGGUACGAAAUUAUCAUCGAGCGAUGCUUCGUCUUUGGCAAGCCCGGGCCUGGCGCGGGAAUGGUCAUCCACCUAGGUGGACCUAAGUUCCUCCUGAUCGGAUGGGGCUUCCAAGUUCGCGCCCGGUCCCUCUCACCGACCAGCACGUUUACGGGAUUCCUGCGAUUCGAGGAGAAGCAGGUUGUGAAUUCGGAGAUGGGUGAGCUGCACACUCUGAGGUCUCUGAAUGGGGAUGAGACUCGGAGUGGUAUCUGUGCUAUGAUGCCGAAUGAGGAUCCGGAUUAUGGGGGUUUCCCGAUUUGUGUGACUAUCCCUGCGAAUACGAUGAUUGCCGAGUUGGAGGUGUACUCGAUUGAGGAGGUGGAUGAUGUAUGA